AUGGACGAAAAGAACGAGACUGAAUACGUCCCGCUCGUGACGAGUGAGUUGGACUAUAGUCGGUAUUGGGUUGUCGACGAUAAAAAGAAAAAUUCCAAGAGUCGAUGUUCCUCCUUAUGUCUCUGGCUUCUUCUCUUUGAGCUGGCUAAUGUGGCCUGUUUUAUUGGUGGAUACCUUAUUCUGAUGAAACCAAGAGCACAACGCCAGCCUCAAUUGGAUGACUAUGGAUCGCUCUCUCAAUUCAACAGGACCUGGGACUAUAGCAAUCAUAGUACAUUUGGUGAGAGUGGAAGCUCUUACCAUGAGACGUGGGACGACAUGGCCUCGCACCAUGGCAUUGUGUCCGUCACCAAAGAGUGGGCAGCCCAGCACGAUCUACCCCCGAGUGCACCCACACCCGAUACACCUGGGGAACUGGUCUAUCAAGUGGAUGGCUUCCAUGCUAUGCACUGUUUGCACAUGAUUCGAGAGAAUUUGGAGAAAAAAUAUCUCUUCGAUCACCACACACGACACUGCCUGGAAUACAUUCGCCAUACACUGAUGUGCAACGUGGACAUCACGCUCGCUGGAAUGGACAAGGACAAUCUGUUGGGAGCUGAGACGAGUUAUGCGAUGCAUACCUGUCGAGAUUAUGACGCCAUUCGAAUCAAAAGGGUGCAAUUUUGCCUUCCAAGGUCUCCGGGCUAUAGCUACAAAUCACCCAAAACCCAGUCCAGACUGGAGAAUCACCUCAGUUUCAGCCCCAUGUUCCCCCGCAGAUCACCUUCUUCACUCGCCGCCUACCCACCUCAGUUUCUCACGAUUAAUUUCCCAGCGCCAUCCGGCUGGCGCUACAGCCCCGGCGAUACCAUAAUUGGGAACGUCAUUCGAAAGUCCUCCAUGAUCUCCCCCCACGCCACACUCCACAUAUGGCUCACGGGAAUAACGAGUGUCAAGAUAUGGCCAGCCGGAACCAGCCAAUCCAACAACUCUCGCGAAACCUACACCAACAAAUGGACUCUCCUCGACGCAAAGGAGAACCUGAUUUUCAGCGGGCCAGUGCAUCAUCCUGAAGAUUGCGAAGAACCCCUCGGUUGGUCUUUCUCUGUACCCAUCCCCAGUAAGCCGAGGACAUAUAUCACGCAAGGUCAUCAGCCUCAUGCAAGCUUUGUGCCUUUUGGCCAGGAUCACCCAGCCUACAAUAUUCUGCCCGGCUCUUUGCGCACGUUUAGCACUGGCUCCGGAGCGAGGUCAGAAGCUAGAAUCGAAUACAACCUUCAUGCUCGACUCCAGUAUGAAAAGGGAGGCUCCAAAAUGGCCUGCUAUGCGGCUAUACCAAUUAUCCUAAGAAACCCUCCGGGGAACGUUGACAGGCUCCACUUUGCAAAGGGAGGCGGGUUGUCAUCCGCUACGAAAGUACAAACCCAGCGCCUGCUACCCGGUAUGGAAGAUCAUAAGGCUUCGUUUCGACAAAAGGCCAAUACGUUUUUCGGGUCGUCGAAAAUUCCUGUGUUCUGGUUCAAAGUUUGCGUGGAAUCGCCAUCGGUCGUUCAACUGGAUAAUCCGCAGAUUUUGCCUAUUUGCUUGAGCAUUGAAACUUUGAAGGGGAACGGCCACACAAGCAAAGUUAUUGAAGACGCCCCACAACAAAUCCAGAUCAAUUAUAUCAAGAUUCUGGUCAGAAGCUCUACGACUGUUAUCGCCCCGGGUAACCAAAGCAGUAGUGCGUAUACGAAUCGACAGGACUCUGAAGUGGAUUUCCACUUCGACGACGUCAUGAAAAAACUUGAGAGUCCCUUGAUGGUUCGAAGUUCACACAAGGACAAUGCAGAUGUCGAUUUGGGGAGUAUGUUUCAGCUUUUGCUGCGCAGGAAUGGCUUGUAUGCGAAUGGAAAGCGAUGUUCGCCCCUCAUCACGCGUGCUCUUUUUCCUGAUUGCUCCACCUUCAACAUUAAACAUACACAUCAGUUUGAGUAUAGAAUCAAUCUGACGCUUGCAGGGAAGACGCUCGAGGUGAACGUUUUUGCCCCAGUGAGGAUUAUUGAAGCUGCUUAA